AUGGAAAGUACAAUAUGUGAUUAUAGCACUAGCGUUAGUAUUGUGGGGGCAUACGCUAAUAAAACUAGAGCAACAAAUCAAUUGAUUCGUAAUCACAUUGAUGGAGUUAUUGGUCAUGCAUAUGAAUAUAGUCCUGAUGGUUAUUAUACAUGUGAUCUUAAUGAUGAUCAUAAAGUUAGAUCAACUGGAAGAAAAGAUAAAGAAGGGUUGGUUUGGGAAUUGAAGGGUGUUACAUUAGAUACAGAAGUUGAAGUUGUAGAAGAAAAAGAUUACGAGGAUGAGGAUUACGAAUAUUUCAGUGCAUCAAAAAAGAAUUAA